AUGGUACUCUACGGCUACGAUGCAUCCGUUUAUAAUUCCGUCCAAGGGUCUGCGAACUGGGUGGCCUACUUCAAUGACCCCGGCCCAAAUAUGAUCGGAGCAGUCAACACAGCCUACACCGUUGGAGCAAUUUUUGGAGGAUUCUUCCUAGGAGGCCCAAUUGCAGACUUUCUCGGCCGCAAAUUCGGUAUGGGAACGGGUUGUGUCAUGGUGGUUGUGGCGACGUUCAUGCAGACAUUCGCACCACGGCAUAAUAUUGGAUGUUUCAUUGCUGGCAGAUGUAUCAUUGGUAUUGGGCAGGGUGUUGCUUUGACGUCCGGGCCAAUCUAUAUUGGUGAGCUAGCGCCAGCCGAGAUUCGUGGAAAGAUCAUGACUUUCUGGCAAAUGUUCUAUUCUGUUGGGUCCUUUAUCUGUUUCUGGGUCAAUUAUGGCUGUACAGAACACAAGGAGAAUUUGGGGGAAUGGGACUGGAAGAUGGUUGUCAUGUUCCAACUUCUUGUUCCAGUUCUGAUCCUUGCACUUCUGCCAACCAUUCCUGACUCUCCACGAUGGUAUAUCAAACGGGGUAAUAAUAUCGAUAAGGCCCGUGCUGCUUUAUUUAAAGUGCGAGACACGGAAGAAGAAGUCGAACAGGAGUUGCUGAUGAUCCGUGAAGCUCUCGAGUACGAAAAGGAGGCCAUCUCAAGUACUUACUCUGCUCUGUGGAAGGAUAAAUCCCUCCGCAAGCGAAUGAUUCUGGCGUUUAUUGUCAACGCUGGUCAACAGAUAACCGGUCAGGGCACCCUUAACACAUACUCUACGAAAAUCUACCAGAAGGUGUUCACCAGCGCUGGACAGAUUGCUCUCAUCAACGCCCUUAAUGCUACCUUCGGUAUUUUAUUCACGCUGAAUGCCGUGUGGAUCAUUGAUCGAUUUGGACGAAAGUUCCUAUUGAUUAUUGGUGGCAUUGGCAUGGGAAUAUGUAUGAUCAUCGUCGCCGCUGUCGAAACAGAGACACCCUCACCUGGCGGCGCAAAAACACAAUCUGUCGGCAUAUCUAUCGUGUUUUUGCUAUUCUUGUUUAUUUUCUUCUACAAACCAUCUUGGGGCGCCACCGUUUGGAUCUGGACAUCCGAAAUCUUCUCCAUGAACGUCCGCGCGCAAGCGGUUGGAAUGGCUUCGCAGACCCAAAACGUCGCCAAUACCAUCUUCCAGCAAUUCUUCCCCAUAUUCCUCGAUAACUGCGGGUUUUAUGCCUUCUACAUGUUUGCGGGUAUCAACUUCCUCCUUGCUAUCUUUACGAUUUUCUUCAUUCCAGAGACCAAGAAGGUUUCGCUGGAAGAAAUCGACGCUCUAUUUGGUGGCAGUAACCAUGUUACCGGUGGUGGAGAGCUGGUUAGCAAUGAGAAGCAGGCGCAUAUCAGUGCAACGGAGAAGUCAGAUGAAGUUAUGAUUGAGAAUGCGGAUCUUAAGCGGUGA